UCCGGAGAGGCGGCUGGGCUGCAGCCCCACAAAGCCGGAGGGACGCGGAGGAAGCCUCGCCUGGACCAUGGACGCCCAGAAGCACGUGGCCAACUUCGGCGCGGGACCCGCGAAGCUGCCGCUGCCGGUAUUGUUAGAAGCCCAGAAAGAGUUGGUGAAUUAUAAUGGCCUUGGCAUUAGUGUUCUUGAAAUGAGCCACAGAUCAUCUGAUUUUUCAAAAAUUGUCAAAGCAGCUGAAAAGUGCUUGCGUGAACUCUUAAAUAUACCAGACAACUACAAAGUGAUUUUUCUCCAAGGAGGUGGAUCUGGACAAUUCAGUGGUGUCCCACUUAAUCUUAUUGGGCUAAAAGAAGCCAGGUGUGCUGAUUAUGUGGUUACAGGAGCUUGGUCAGCAAAAGCAGCCAAGGAAGCAGAGAAAUAUGCCAAAGUGAACCUUGUUCAUCCUAAACUCUCUAGUUAUACAAAAAUUCCUGAUCCAAGCACUUGGAACCUUAACCCCGAUGCCUCUUAUGUCUACUAUUGUGCAAAUGAAACGGUUCAUGGUGUGGAGUUUGACUUUGUACCUGAUGUUGGAAAGGCAGUUUUAGUGUGUGAUAUGUCAUCCAAUUUCCUCUCCAGGCCGGUGGAUGUGUCUAAGUUUGGUGUAAUCUUUGCUGGUGCCCAGAAGAAUGCAGGCUGUGCUGGAGUUACAGUGGUUAUAGUACGUGAGGAUUUGAUUGGCUUUGCGCUCAAAGAGUGCCCAACAGUGUUGGACUACAAAGUGCAAGUGGAGAACAGCUCACUAUACAACACUCCUCCGUGCUUCAGUAUCUAUAUCACAGGCUUGGUCCUGGAUUGGGUAAGAAACAAUGGCGGAGCUGCAGCUAUGGAUAAGCUUAGCCAAAUGAAGUCACAGAUGAUUUAUGAUAUUAUUGAUGGAUCCAGUGGAUUCUACGUGUGUCCUGUGGAGAAGAAGAGCAGGAGCAGAAUGAAUGUUCCUUUCCGGAUUGGCAGCAUUAAGGGCGAUGAGGCCCUGGAAAAGAAAUUCCUUGAUCAAGCUACAGAAAACAACAUGCUAUCCCUGAAAGGGCAUAGAUCUGUGGGAGGAAUCCGUGCUUCUUUGUAUAAUGCUGUGACAAGAGAAGAUGUUCAGAAGUUAGCAACAUUCAUGAAGAGCUUCAUGGAGAGGCAUCGGUCAUGAACUCAAAUUAAUUAGUGUUGCCCCUCUUGGAAAUAAAAGUGUAAUGAAUUGGAAGCUGGUGGAAAUAUUUUAUAUACUAAAACUUUCAAUAUCACAGUCAAAUUUUGGAAACCAAUAAAAAUCCCAGUGUCUCUUGCAUCUGCCCAAUAUUCAAAGUGGUUUUGGCUGUAGAAGAUCCAGGCUUGCUUGUCCCUGCACUUUGAGAAUUGACCCCAGUGUUUUAUCACAGUCCUUAGAGGUAUGCAGUUCAUUUGGUUUUUUUAAGUGGGUAGGUAGGGAGAUAAUUCAGCAGCCUGAAAUAAAAUAAAAUGUACUGAGGAUAGAGGUAAAAACAUAGAAAAUACAUUUUGGGGGGUUACAAUCAAAUAAUAGAUCUUAUUCUAAUUGCCCCUGCUGAAAACCUUGCAGUUCUUGCUGUCACCUUAUCAUCUUGAUCUGCUAAAAGAAAUGACACAGUAGCAAUGGUUAAGUGACCAUGGCAGGGACAACAAUAGAAGAGUGGUGGGUUAGAGGGGUUGUAGAGAUUAGUAUUGCAUACAUGGCAACUCUCUGAAAUUGUUGUUCUCAGUGUAACGGAUCUGACAAACAAUCCAUCUUACGUAAAAUAUUUUCCUUGGUGCCUGUUUGUUACAUUUUCCUGAGGUUAGUCUCCUCCUUAAGCGUGCCAUGUACUUAGUAUGGUAAGCAAAGUUAAAUACAGUGGUACCUCUGGUUAUGACCGGGAUCAGUUCCGGACACCUGGCCGUAUCCCGAAAAUUUCGUAACUGGAGGACCCCUUCUGUGCACACAUGCGGCGGCACAGAGCGCUUCUGCGUUUGCCGUAGCCAUAACCCAAACAUUCCGUAACCUGGAGGUUAUGCAACAUGAGGUACCACUGUAUUUAGAUAACAUUCAAUGGGAACAGAUUUUAUAUGUUUAAUAAUUCCAAGUACACCUCACUAGUGCCUAAGGGAAUUACUCGCAGUCAUCCUUUGUUAACAUCAGGCCUUAGUUUUUGAAGCAGGAAGCCUGUUAAGUUUUGCUGACUUUGACCAUGGAAUUGUUAAACGCACACUUAACUAUACUGUCGUGCAGUUCCAUCCUCUGCUUUUAAAAUACUGAACUACUUCUGACUUAAAGACAUUUACAUUUGGCACCCUUCCAUUCUACAGCACAGAAACCAAAAUCACUUUCUUUCCCUGUGCCCUCCUGCCUGUUUUGAAACCAAUAUUGCCUUCACGUUCACAAGAUCCCACACAAUUCCCCCCAAUGAACGUUUUUGUUCAGGGGCCAUGUCACACCUUUUGUGCCUUCUUGGAAGAUGCACUCGCAGCAGAUGGAGGCCUUGCCUGUUCAGGAAUCGAGGAAGCUUCCUUUCCUGAGUCAGACCAUUGCUCCCUCCAGCUCAGCAUUAUCUGCACUUUCUGGCAACAGAUCUCUGGAGUCUCAGGCAGUCUCAGCCCUACAGGGACACACUGGGGUUGGAACCUGGGACUUCUGCAUGCCAAGCAGAUGCUCUUCCACUGAGCCAUGACCUCACCCCCCCUCGCUCAUCAUACAUAAUUCUGUUGUGUGUUUUUUAAUGACCUGUACAGAGAUUGUGUCCAUGUAGGACACAACUGUCGUGUAUGAAAUGGCCAACACUCUUAACUUGUGAAAGGAAGGUUCAGUUUAUUGUCCCCUUGCAUUCUAUUUCCUGUUCAUACUCUGGUAUAACUUACCCAUAUGCCCAAUAAUGUUUCCCUUAAAAAUAAAUUUUAACCAAAACUGUUUAUUUCACAAAGGCUACAUUCAUUAGAGCAUGACAUU